UUCCUAUGUAAUGUCAUGUAAUAACACCUUUUAUUCUCUCCCUUAUUAUAUACAGUUUUGUAUUUUUAUGUUUUGCCUAUAUAUACUUGUUAACUUCCAAGGUUGGAAACACAAUACUGGCAAAGCAAAUUCCAGGAUAUCUGUUCACAAGGGUUUCAAUCUUUUUUCCUUUUUUCCUUUGUUUUUUGUUUUUUUUUUUUUUUUUUUGACUCUGAUCUUACCUGAUAGAAACCUUUCACUGAAAUUAACAUAUCUGCUUUCAUCACCUAUAUAUAUCCAGCUUUUUUCUCUCCAAGUUUGUUAUUGUAUAGAAUUAGAGAUGAUGAUGAUGGAGGAUCAGGAGGAAGUUGUUGUUUGUAAAGAUCAGGUGCAAAUCAUCAAAGGCAAACGUACCAAGCGUCCAAGGCCGCUGUCUCCUCUGACUUUGGCGAUGGCUUCAAGCACGACUUCUAGUGGAGGAGAAAGUGGGGGUGAGGGUGGAAGAAAUAGUGAUGAUUCGAGGGGAUUUGAUCGAGCUGUUGCUUCUACAACGACAUCUGUUGAGUUAGCAGAAAGCACUGAAGAAGAAGAAGACAUGGCCAAUUGCUUAAUACUUUUGGCUCAAGGUCAAACAGGAAAACCAUCCGAACCAACUUCCUCCUCGGCAACAACAAGCAAGACGGGGAUAUACGUACACCAGUGCAAGACAUGUAACCGGUGCUUCCCUUCAUUCCAGGCGCUUGGUGGACACAGAGCAAGCCACAAGAAACCCAAGGUUCAUAAUGAAGAGAAUAAUAAAGGGUUGAUUUUUGUGAAAGAGGAUAAUGAUCAAUUCAAUAACAUGAAUACAACCCUUUCACUUCAAAUAACCCAUAGGGCUGUUUUAUGCAAUAGCAGCAAAUCCAAAGUUCAUGAGUGUUCGAUAUGUGGCGCGGAGUUCUCUUCCGGACAAGCUCUUGGGGGUCAUAUGAGGAGGCAUAGGACAUUAACUAAUGCUGCAAUAACAGCUACUACAACUUUGAGUGUUGGGACAAGAAGCAGUCCUGAAUCGGAAGAGUCCAAGAAACCAAGAACUGUUCUGCAGUUGGAUCUUAAUCUUCCAGCCCCGGAAGAUGAUCAUCACCGGGAAUCUAAAUUAUCAUUUGCUUCCAAGGAAAAACUACUGGCCUUUUCGGCGUCUAAUUUGGUUGAUUGCCAUUACUAGACAUGCAACUCCAACUUCGUAAUUUUUUGGGGGAGUUUCUAUCACCCAAAAAUCAAUGUGUAUUAUUAACACUAAUUAUUUUCUCACUAAUAUCAUUCACAAUUAUUCAUUCUUCGAAUUCUUUUAAAUUUAACCAAGUUC